AUGAAUAAUAGCUUUUCAGCAGAAGGGCAAACUUAUUAAGUUAGGACUGUUACAACAAGUUAGAAUGUUUAAAGGACAAGUAAUGGAGAAUUCUAGGAUGCUGUUUAAAGAUAUGAAUUACGUAGAUCCUCUAGACCUAGAUAAACAUAAAAUAAUCAAUAAACUACAGUAAUUACUUCUAAAUAUGUUUAAAUGGAAAAUGAGGGAAGAAAUAGUAAUUAUGACUUAGAAGCUUCAAGAUCAUCUUAAAGAGUAGUGGAGAAAUAUUAAGGGAAUAAUUAGAAUAGUCAUUUUGAAGUUAAUAGAUAAAGUGUGAAGGAAGUUAUGGAUAAAUACAGGAGAGGCAGAGGUAAUAAAUAUAUAAUUUAUAAAGGAACAACAACAUCUUAAUUAUAAACAACAGAAGUAAAGUAUUCAGCUAUUCCAUAACAAUAAUAUGAAUAAUUACAAUAGAAGGAGACAGUUUUUGAAGGCAGAAAUAGUAGAUAUGUUGAGGAGUAGGAUUAUUCAUAAGAGAAAUAGAUGACAUUAAAUUAUAAUACUAUUUAAAGUAAUUUAAUUUAAAUAUUGAAGCCAAAUAAUAGGUAUAUGAAGUAGAUUAUGAAUAAAUAAAGGAAGAUUGUUAAAUUAGUGAUAUUUACAGAAGACCUGAAAGAGAAGAUGAUGAAUAAGUAGAUUUAUUAGAUAGUGAUUAUGUUUCUUGCAAUAUAUUUUGA